AUGCCUCUGACAGCAUCUGGGACGUCUGCCGCUGGCUCUUUCUCGACUAAACCUAUCGAGAAGGACCCGUACAAGUACCAGGUCGGGUUUGGCAAUCUGUUUGCCAGUGAAGCCAUCCCAGGAACUUUACCAGAUGCCCAAAACAGUCCUCAAAAAAACAAAUAUGACCUUUAUACUGAAGGAAUGACCGGAGCUUCUUUCGUUGCACCACGGUCUGAGAACGUGACGGCGUGGCUUUACCGCAUUCGGCCCUCUGUCGCUCACAAAGGCUUUAAACGUUUACCCGAUAACCCGGACCUCGAAGCAUGCUUCCUUCCUCUCAAUCCAAAAGUACACAUCAGUCCUACCCAGCUUGCUUGGCACCCCUUCGAUCUUCCUCCUGACUCGGCCAAGGUUGAUUUCGUGGAUGGGUUGAAGACCAUCGCAGGGAACGGGGAUCCCACCUUGCAUGAGGGCCUCGCAAUCCAUAUGUAUCUCGCAAACACCUCAAUGGAGAAGAAGGCAUUUUGCAACAAUGAUGGAGACAUGUUGAUCCUUCCUCAGCAAGGCCGGUUGGAUAUCCAGACCGAGUUUGGCAAAAUGAUGGUUAGAUCUGGAGAAUUAUGUGUCAUCCAACGAGGAAUGAAGUUCAAGGUCAUUCUCCCUGACGGACCUUCUCGAGGAUACAUCCAGGAAAUUUAUGGACAACAUUAUUCUCUGCCUGAACUUGGUCCACUGGGAGGACACGGUCUUGCCAAUGCACGCGAUUUUGAAACACCCGUUGCUUCCUUUGAUAUCGAUCAAAGCCAUUGGGAAAUUGUUUACAAAGUUGGUGGUCAAUUACAUUUAUGUUCGCAGGAGCACACUCCGUUUGACGUGGUUGCAUGGCAUGGAAAAUAUGUGCCUUACAAAUACGCAUUGGAGAAGUUCGUCAAUGUGGGAAGUAUUUCGAAAGACCACAUCGACCCAUCGAUCUUCUGUGUUCUCACUGCAAAAUCGAAGCAACCGGGAGUCCCUCUGGCAGAUUUCUUGAUUUUCAGUCCUCGAUGGAAUGUUGCAACUGGUACUUUUAGGCCUCCUUACUACCACCGAAACUCGGCCACAGAAUUUAUGGGAUUGCUCUAUGGAGAGUACGGUGGCCGUAGUGAUGGAUUCAAGCCAGGUGGUGCCAGCUACGAAACUGGUUUUUGUCCCCAUGGAGUUUCCUACGACGAGUUCAAAGGAGCGUCUGAAGCUUCCUUGGUCCCGGAACGAAUUCAUGAAGGAACCAUUGGCAAAUUACGCAAUGCUAAGAUCAGGGAAGCUGCACGCGUUCUAGAGCACGAGCCCGCAAUGUGGGAUAACCUCAAAGCUCAAUUUAUGAACCACAUCGACGAAGUUAAUGCUGAUCUCAAGGCAGCUGGUCUUUCCGAGUUAGGCUCCGAACUCAAGCAGUGA